UCUUACUUCAACAUGGCUGUAAGAAGAUGCGGCUUUGCACUUCGGUGUAUUGUUUUUGCUGUGAUGACAAUGUAUUCCAUAUAUGGAAUGAUGGAGGAUGGAUUUGACCCUUUAGGUCAAUUUGGUGUCCCAGAACCAGUCAGAAUACACAUACCUGGACAGCCGGAAACAGAAGAGAUACCUCCCAUUCAGAAUUCAGAACCAGUCAGAAUACACAUACCUGGACAGCCGGAACCAGAAGAGAUAGCUCCCAUUCAGAAUUCACAGAUUUCUUCUGGCUACUUAGAGUACCGUAUGAGGCCCAAUUCAGUGCUUAGUCCAUUGUAUGAUGAUAUAUUGUACGAGUUCUAGUCAGUCCUCCAGCUUGCAGAAGAGAUAACUGGUGGCAUGCAGUGUGAAUGACAAACCCCUCAAAGAACAGUCAUAUUGUACAUGAAAUUGAUUAUUCUGGCUGAGAUCUUUGAAUUCUUUCAUUUUCUGCAAUGAUUUGUCUAUACUAUAAUAUGUAAUAUUAGGUAUGUUUUAAGCAUUUAACAUGUUUAAUACCUUGAUUUUGCUAAAGUUUAGGACUUUCUGUGAGAAAAAAAAUUUAUGAAAUCAAAUCCUUUGAAUGACAUCCUUUUUAUGACUAUGAAAUCUGUAUUUUAAUUUUUUGAUCUGUGUGUUUUUUGCGGAUUGGUAGGUAGGAUUUUGAAGGAUGGGUGGAAGGUAAACAUAGAAAAAACUUGGAAUGGCCUUAUCAUUAUAAAAAUCAAUUAUGACAAAAAGUGUCAAUAUCACUUACUGUAAACCAAUUUUCGAAACCAGUUUCGCGACCUUUUUUUACUCAGUUAUAUUUCCUGUCGCGAUGUGUGUAAAAUAAAAAAAUCAUUACUUUUUA